AUGCCGUUUAUAAGUCAAAGGAUAACGUAUGAUUACGACCAACAUAAAAAUAAUCACAAUGCACCCAAAGUGAGUAGCACCUCGGCUAGCAGUGAUUAUAUCAGGAACAACUCAAGGCAAAAGACGCCUUCUCCAACUAAGAGAACUAUGCCACAUCAUGCAAAAACUGACAGAAGGAGAUCUUCUACAGUAAAGGGAUCAUUAUUUAAUUUUUUAAACCACAGCCAUGCAUAUGAUGAUAACAAAACUAGUGACACCACCUCUAAUAGUGCAACUACUGCAACUUCGUUAAGUAAUGUUGGCCAUAUAUCGAGAAAAAGUACUACCGACGCAAUCCCUACAAAUAAUACGGUCUGUAUACACAACGAUAUACAACAGAGAAAUAAAAACCAUGCAGUACCUCCAUGCUCAUCGGAUAAUAGGGCAGAUGGAGAUACCUGGAAUAAUACGACAAACUCAACAAUCCCAAGAAAUAUAUUAACUAAUGGACACUUAACGGAUAUCACCUCUUCUCCCCCAUCUACAAACGAAACAUGCAGUUCUGUAACGGAUAAUAGUUCUGCUGAUAAUUUAAGUAGUAACAAGAGGAGUACUGCGUCUAUUAAAUUCAAUAACAAACAAUUUUUAAAGGAGUAUCUAAACAAUUGGGGUUUCUUAAAUCCAAAAGAACUCGCCACCAAAAGAGAUGAGUUUUUCAAAAUGUAUAUUGCAACAAGUGGAGACAAUGUUUUUCUACCAACAAUAUCCUCUAAUGAUGAUGAGUAUCUUGCCAGGUUAAAUGGACUUCAAGAUGAAGAGGAUGAUAUUUUGUUGAUCGAAGGAAUAGAUCUUUCUACUGGAGAUAGCCAUGGAAGAAAUACGAACAGCAAUGGUACUGGUCCUUCAAGACAUGAAUCUUUACAUAAUGCUGACGAUGUUACAGCUGAACAGUUAAGUGAGAUACACACGGGAACUGCACUUGGAGGAGACUCUGAAGUAAAUGGGAGUAGAGUACCACUUGAUGCAGAUGAACCACGCUCAUCCUCACCGUCCUCUUUAGAGAUGGAUAAUUCCAUGGUUGCGCUUAGAAUAGCGGUGAUUAUUUCUUUGAACAAAGAAACUGCACUCUCUGAUAUCGAAGUCGAGCUAUGCUCAAGGGUUAAAAUAUUUUGGAAUAACGGCGUCCCACCCACCAAAACGUUCAAUGAAGAAUUUUAUACCUUAGGGGCAACGAGGUGGUCCUUAAAUCAAGCAAAUUUUAACUUAUAUAUUCCACCACACGUUUCCUCGACUGAACAAAUCAUUGAAAAUAAUUCAAUAUUGAGGGAAAAUGAAGUUUUUAAGAAUAUGCCCGUUGAUAAACGAGUAUACCUUGAUAAAACAAAAUCUAGAAAAAGUUUUAUGAAUUCUAUAAAAGCUACGAGCCGCAAUCGAUUUAAACCUGGCGAUUACAUAUUUGUCCUACCAGUGCUAUUUUCUAAUGAUGUUCCUGAAUCAAUCUAUUUACCUUCGGCAAGAGUCAGCUACAAAAUUAGAGUAGGAACUAAAUUCAAAAAUAGAGUGAACCAAAACAACAGAGGCCGACAUAAUAAUUCAGAUAAAUUGCAAGUAUCUUCAUCUGCAUCAUCGUUGAAUGUAACAGAAAUGGAGAGCACUCAAUCUCAUAAAUAUGUAAGUAAGGGCCUUUUCAAGAAAGUUAAAAACCAUCUACAUAUUCAAAACCAAUCAUCUAAAAAUGAGGAUAAAGAUGUUACGAAUGAACUAUUAUCUGAAUAUCCAAUUCAUAUUAUAAGAACGCCACCUCCCAUUUCAAUUUCUACUGCUAAUAAACCUAUUUUUAUUAAUAGAGUAUGGACAGACUCUUUGGCAUAUGAAAUUUCAUUUAGUCAGAAAUAUGUUCCACUUAAUAAUGAGAUACCAAUCAAGAUAAAGUUGGCGCCAAUGGUUAAAAAUAUUUGUGUGAAAAGGAUCCGUGUUAGUAUCACCGAAAAGAUUACAUUUGUCAGUAAGAAUUAUGAAUUUGAAUAUGAUCAAGUUGACCCAGUUGCAAAAGAUCCAUAUAAUCCAUACUACUUGGAUUUCGCAUCGAAGCGAAGGAAAGAAAGAAAUUUGAAUCUGCUUGAAAUAAGGACCAAAGAGAAAGGUGCUAGAGCAAUGAGAGAAGAAAUUGUUGAGAAUUGUUAUGACGAUAACCUAUUAUCUUAUAGUACCAUUGAUACAGGAUCUGUUCAUUCGAAAAAUGAGGAGGAGAAGAAAGUUGGAAUUACUGAGCCGAUUAUAAUUGAGACCAAACUAGAAUUUCCCAAGUAUGCAGACCUUGCUAGAAAAUCUGCUAAGGUGACUCCGCCAUAUGGUAUCGACAUAUACACUAAUGUACCAACUUUUGACCGAACUGCAGCAGAUGACCACCAUCGAUCAAGCGUAAUUAGUUUCCUAUCUGGGCAUAAAAGUUCUUUCAGUUCUACGAAGAAGAAUAGUCAAGAAGAUGGAGAACAUAAUCAACAUGAAAAUAUCAAUCCAAGAUUUCGUGAAACUAGAUUCAGGACAAACUCUGGUACGAAUGUGAAACAUCAUACGAAACUAAAUAGACCUAAACGUGGACUAUAUUUGGACAGUCUCCAUUUCAGUAAUAUUCAUUGCAAGCAUAAAUUAGAGAUCAUGUUACGAAUCAGUAAACCAGAUUUAGCUAUACCGGGGAAAUUAAGGCACUACGAAGUGUUAAUUGAUACACCUAUCUUUCUAGUUUCGGAACUUUGUAAUAGUGGUAAUAUGGAAUUGCCAACUUACGAUAUGGCUACGAGUGAAUUUGAACCCCUUAAUGAGGCAAUGUUAUUGGCACCACCACCUGCGUUCGAAGAAGCAAUAUCUGUGCCUGCUUCCCCCAUUGGCUCGCCGGAUCUCUUGGCAUCUUAUGAACCCGAUUUAUCAUCCAUUCAACAAUUAAGUCUUUCUAGAUCAACUUCCAUAAGUAGUCAAGGUGGGCAACUUGAUGGUUCGAACCCGGUGUUAGCUGGCCCUUCUACUUCACCUAUACGGGAUGGAGAUGAUUUAAGGUUCAAUAACCUCGACAAACUAUUAGCUAGUCCUGUUCCUUCAGGUGGUAGAUCCAACGCUUUCUUUAGGGAGCACAGACCUUCGGAAGAUGAUGCCCUAUUUAAAGAGGAUUAUUCCAUGGCAAAACCUACACGAAAGGUACCUAGACAGAUUGGUGGAGAUCGUGCCAUUGACGAUGAUGCUGUAGCUGAUGAUGGAAUGAGAGCAGGAUCACAUUCACCAAUUACUGAAGGACAUUUCCAUUCUCCUCCCAACUACGACGAUAUUGUGAGUCGAUAA